AUGAUUCAAACAUCUUUAAAUCCAUUGUUUCUUGUGAAUGACUUUAAAAAAGAUUGUAAACGACUUAUACUCUAUUUAGACUAUAUAGAACAUAAAAAAUUCUACGAUAAAAAACGAAGUUGUAAAUAUUUUAACUAUCUGCUAAAAGAUAUACUAAAAACCUAUAGAUUCCCUAAAGAAGAAAGUGACGAAGCUUACAAAAUAAUUAUUAAUAACACCAAACAAAGUGAUAUUAAGAAGGUUUCUAAUAUGUAUUGGGAAAAUUUUGAAGAUAUGGAUGAAAGUAUAUAUUCCGUAAUGAAGGAUUUGAAUGAACUAUAUAGACACUUUGACAGUUUUCGUGAAUUGUUAGAUUAUUUUAUGGAGCAAAAUGUAAAAAAUAUAGAGCAAAUAAUAGAACAAAAACAAUUAACUGCAGUCCCACAACACGCAAAUUUUACAAAUAAACUUACAGUUAUUUUAACUUUAAUUAUUAUAUUAUUUACAUUAUUAAUGAUAACAUUUUUUUUAUAUAAGGUUAAAUAUAAAAUUAAUUUAUUCUUUUCAUAA